AUGAUCGAUCUGUCGCCUUCUGUUACAGGCCCUUGGCUUAUCCUCGGAGAUUUCAAUCUGAUCCGGAAGCCGUGCGAGAAAAACACGCCACGCUUUGAUUGCAACUUGGCCGCGGCGUUUAACUCCAUGAUCCAAUCCUUGGCUCUCUUCGAGCUUCCCCUCCUAGACCGCCUCUUCACCUGGUCUAACGGGCAGGACCCGCCCAUCCUUGCUCGGCUCGACCGGGCCUUUUUUAACCAUGAUUGGAACAAUGCCUUCCCCACCUCUUCGCUCACCACCCUCCCGCGUCCCACAUCCGAUCACUUCCCCCUCCUCGUCACCGCGCGAUCCUCCAUCCCGCACACUGCCCACUUCCGUUUCGAAAAUGCAUGGCUUGUUGACCCUGCCUUCCUCCCAACCACCAUGCCUGCCUGGGCCGCUACUGUGCCUGCUCGCAACGCCGCCGCCGUGAUCGCUGCCAAAGCGAAACGCUUUCGGUCCGCCGCCAAGGUUUGGAAAAGGGAGCACCGCUUUAAUCCCCUCCUUGAUAAUAACUGCAAGUUCAUUCUUGAUCUUUUUGAUAUGUUUGAGGAGUUUCGUGCCUUCUCAGCUGCUGAGAUUGCGCUCCGUCGCGCCGCCCAGGACACUCUCCGCCGGUCAAUCCAACAGCGGGCGGCGUUCUGGAAACAACGGGGGAAAUUUCGCGCGAUCAAGGAGGGAGACGAGAACACGAAGUUCUUCCAUGCCCGCGCCUCUCAACGGCUCCGGCGGAAUCUCGUCCGUGCCCUCGACGUCGACGGUGCCCAGGUCAUCGACCACGACGGCAAGGCCGCCGCGCUGCACAGCUUCUACCUUGACCUGCUGGGCCACCGGCGGCCCACGGCCUGGGCUUUUGAUCUCGCGGCACUCUAUGCCGGUGCCCCCCGGGCUGAUGGCCAGGCCCUCAUCAAGCCGUUUGCCAGAGACGAGAUCAAGGCCGCAGUCUGGGGCAUGGAUCGCUCGAGCGCGCCCGGGCCGGAUGGGCUAGGUCCCAGCUUCUACAGAGCUGCAUGGGAUCACAUCGCUCCCGACCUGGAAAACCUGUUCCAGGGUUUCCAUGAGCGUGCUGUCGAUCUUGGCUGCAUCAACCGCGCACACGUCGCGUUCCUGCCCAAGGCCGAGGGCGUGCUAGCUCCCAAGUCCUUCCGCCCCGUCUCUCUCCAGAAUUGUUCGAUGAAGACGAUCUGCAAGGCUCUAACAACAAGGCUACAGGCUCAGAUCAGUGACCUUAUUGAUGAGAAUCAGACCGGGUUCGUGGCUGGGAGAAGCAUCUCCGAAAACAUCUUUACCUCGUCGAAGUCGGCGAUCCUACUCAACGGAAUCCCUGGGAGGUGGAUUGACUGCAAGCGGGGGCUCCGUCAGGGCGAUCCCUUGUCUCCAUAUCUAUACUUGCUCAUGGGAGACCUCCUACAACGCCUGAUUCAGCAAGACAUGAUCCUCCAGCAUCCCCUGUCGGAUUCUGCACCCUGCUCCGUCCUGCAGUACGCGGACGACACGCUCAUCAUCUUUCGUCCUGGGCUUCGAGCUGCGCAGCGCAUGCGCGAGCUCCUUGAUCAGUUCGCUGCUGCCACUGGCUUGGUGAUCAAUUUUGACAAGAGUACGAUGGUUACCAUGCACGUCGAGCCCGAACUGGUCGCGGAGAUGCAGGCUGCCCUUGGCUGCCGAGUGGAAGGGUUCCCACAAACAUACCUAGGCCUCCCCCUCACUUGUGACAGGCUGAAGCUGGCUCACUUUGCUCCGCUGAUCGCCAAAAUUGACCGCUACCUCUCCGGGUGGCGCUCCCUGCUGCUGUCGCCGGGAGGUAGGAUCGUCCUCCUCAACGCCGUCCUGGACGCCCUGCCGGCCUAUGCCAUGGGCGCGAUUGAGCUCCCGCCCCCGCUGGUCCAAGCCAUCGAUGCCCUGCGCCGCGCUUUCCUAUGGAAUUUCGAGGGACGGGCCUCUGGUGCGAGGUGUUUGGUGGCCUGGGCAAAGGUUUGCCGUCCCAAGGACGAGGGAGGCCUGGGCAUCCGCUGCCUACGCACGCAGAACUCUUGCCUGCAACUGAAGCUCCUGCACCGCCUCCACACCGCCCCGUCCUCUCCCUGGGCGGCCUGGGCAUGGGGCUCCUUCAGCGGACCCGUCGCAGCUCGGAAACGCUCAGGGUUUGGUCCGCACUGGGAGGGCCUGGCUGCCCUCAUGCCGCUGUACCGCUCCCUCUCUGUCCCGGUCAUCGGCGACGGCGAGCGCGUCAGUUUUUGGCUCGACGACUGGUCGGGGCGCGGAGCUCUCCAACAGCUCUUCCCCGCCCUCUUCUCGCACGCCCUCAAGCCGCUGGCCUCGCUGGCCGCCACGCUAUCUACCGGCGUGGCCGCCUCGCUCGUUCCUCGACUCACUGUCGUUGCCGAGCGCGAGCUUGGGUGUGUCCUGCACCCCCUGAGCGAUGUGCAGCUCGUGGCGGCGCCGGACUCGCGCUCGCUCGUCCGCUGCAGCAAGAAGUUGGGCGCCCUGGACGUGGGAGCCAUCUACAAGCUAUCCCGGCUCGGCGGCGUCCUCGCCCCCUUCCACUCGUUCGUCUGGGACGGGUUCGCCCCAUCUCGGGGGAAAUUCUUUGCUUGGCUCCUUGUCCAGUCCAGGAUUCAGACAAGGGCCGAGCUGCUCAAGAAGCACGUCCUCACCGCUCCGGAGGCCGUGUGCCCCAUCUGCGGCGCAGCUGGCGAGGAUGCCUCGCACAUCGUCUUCCACUGCCCGUUCGCUGUGGGCUUCUGGGACGCGAUUGGCGGUCGUUUCCCGCCCGACGCCGACGUCUGCCACCUCCAUGAAUACGCUGCCCCCGCGGCGGCGGGCACCCUCCCGUCCUCCACUUCUACUUUCAUCAUCCUCUGCUGCUGGCAAGUUUGGAAGCACCGGAACGGGGUUGUUUUUCACCAAGACAGCCCCUCCCUUGCCCGUCUGAUGGUUGUCUGCCGCCGUGAUGCAGCGCUGUGGCGGUUUAGGGCUACUGGGGAAACCCACAACGACUCUGAGCUGUGGGAUGGCUGCUUUGCCCGCCACUGA